GAGGUGGAGGCAUGGCGGCGGUCAAUCGGACUCUAGACGUCGACGAGAUGCAGAUUCUCGUCUACUACGACGACGACGCUGCUGGGCUGCACUACCACCACCGUGUCUUGUUCACAAAGGUGGCCGCAGGUCGGUGGACCAUAGGGACUCCUGGCGGUGAUGUCUAUGAGGAGGACUUCAAUGGGGUUGAGGUGCGGCCGCUAGCUCGGAACGGGGCCUUCCCGGUCGACCUGGCGGGCAUGAUGUAUGUGUUUCGAGGGCCGCAGCGAGCCCCUGCUCGGAUCGCCACCGCGCGUGAGCAGGCGCGCGGGAUCGCUGAGGUGCUGGGCGUGGCUCCUGCACCAGGUGCAGGCGGCGUGGCGGGCUCCAGCUGGCGUGUGGCGGACCCCUCGUCGGCUGAGUUCGACCAGGUCAUCACUGCUGCCGAGCUCGCCGACUCGACAGAUGAUCGCGACGAUGGUGUCAAAGUUCAGCGGUUGGCUCUCCUCAGUGGCGUCACCCAGCUGGUCGAGCUAGUGAAGGACUCAGACCACGACGCGUGGUUUGCUCGGAAGCGGCCUGGAUUGCCUGGCGGUGCUUCGGGCGACCUGCGACUGCUCGGCCAUUUCCUGAACUCUGCUCAGAGGAGGGCGCUGCCGCUGUCGAAGGCGAUGGAGCUUGCGACGCCCAAGGCUUUCGCAGACUGGCCUCAUCCUGGGCCGAAGGCUCCCCAGGAGUUUCUCGAGUCGGUCCUCGAGAACGGUGGUGGCCUCCAGGUGUGGCUCAACGCGUUCAUGCGCAAGUCUGGGGUCAGCGAGAACUCGUCCGUGGCGCAUGAGCUCCGGAACCUGGUCCAGAUCGUGAGGCUCGGGAUCAGCUACGACCAGAUCGAUCCGACCAACUUGGCCUGCAUCGAGCAGGCCGCACGCAGGACCCACGAGAUCCAGCAGGCCAUCCGUCGGAACCCGAAGCGCCCCGACUUCGCAGGCCUGGACAUCGGCACCAUCGGGUCUUGCGUCGAGAUCGGCAGGGCCCGCUUGCACAGUUUCGACACCUGGCUCAGCAGCAAGCAGAAGGAGGAGGCCAAGACUAUGGAGGCUAAUGACCUGUGCUGCGUCGGCGAGAAGAACCUCGCCCCGUGUCAGCCCGAUUUUCUGAAGAUCGUGAAGGGCAAGACGGCACCAAAGCCCGCCGUCGACUUGCUGCCGCCUGAGGAGGCGGCGUUCUUGAUUGAUCCUGAUAGGUACCUCGUCCGCUCGCAACCUGAGAUCGAUGCCUGGAAUGAGGAGCACCCGACUUUCAGGCCCUUUUGGGACCCCCUUUUGCGACAAGAUCGGUCUGCGCGGCUCGACCUCUAUCGUAAGCUCUAUGACAAGGGACUCUUGGGGUUUAGAACUCGUAGCAAGGCGAAGGUGGGGAUAUUCUUUGAAUGGAAGUCGUCUCGCCGUGGGAUCAUGCUUACCGUGGGCGCCAGGAUGCCGAGCGGCCACCACCGCUUGCCACCGAAGACUAGGCUAGGUGGGGCUGGCGCCUUCUCGCAGCUCGACGGUUGGCUUGACCAGGAUGAGCUCGCUAGCUUGGCGCAGGGGUGUGGCCCGAUCGCCGAGAUCCCGAACCUCUCCGUCUGCGUGGGUGACGUGGGGGACGCCUUCUACCAGUUUUCGGUCGAGUCGAUGACUGAGUGGUUCGGCCUAGACGACCCCGUCCGAUGCUCCGAGUUCGGCCUCUCGCAGAUCUUCGACAACGAUCUCGAGAGGCUUCGCCCCGCCCGGCCCGCGGAGAAAGUGUUCCCUGUCUCCCUUGGGAUGCCGCAAGGCUGGUCCUGGGCCCUGCACUUCUGCACCACCUCGGUGAAGCACUUCACCUCCGUGGCGAUCGGGGGGAAGCAUCGGGUGGUGCAAGAGGGGCUCCCUGCUCCUGAUCUUCGAUCUGGUCCCGUCUCGAGUGUCUAUGUGGAUAACCUUGCCACGGUGGGCCUGUCGAGCCCGGAGGUUUCGUCAGACUACGCUGCGAUCAAGAGGGGGCCUGAGAGUGCGGGGUCCACGUUGCACGAGGAGGGCGGGGACGCACUGCUUGUCGAGAACGUGGGCAUUGUGAUAGACAGGAGUAGGUGCAGCAUUCGUCACAAGUCUGAGAGGGCUUGGCGGCUGUAUCUUGGAAUUAAGUAUCUUCUGAAGUUGCGUCGGGUGACUGGAGAGGCAAUUCGUGUUCUGCUGGGUCAUUGCAUCCACUACCUUGUCCUCCUGAGGCCGGCGAUGUCUGUCUUUGCCCACGCCUAUCGGUUUGUGAACGACAGCCUAGGACGUACAUGUGAGCUACCUGGUCGGGUGAAGCGUGAGUUCCGCGUGAUGGCGGGGCUCGUUUUCUUGGCCGAGGCACGGCUGUCUGUUCCGCCAUCGGAUCGAGCCUACUGUGGAGACGCGCCAGGGAAGGGAUACGCCGUCAUGGACACCCCCAUGGGCCCCGAGGAGUUCCGAAAGCUUACUAGGUGGAAGAAGCGUUGGCGGUUCGUGGAAGUGGAGGGGGAUCGCGGGGACACCUUGCUCAUGAGAGCCUCUGGGAACCUGCCGCCCCCGAACCCUGGCUGGUCUGCUGAUCUUGAGGUGCCUGACACGUCAUAUUCACGGUGGCUUCUGGAGUCUGCUGGGAUGCCCACCCCGUCUUCGGGCGCUCUGGAGUCGGGGGGUUUUCGUUCAGGAGUCUGCAAACUACGAGGUAAGGAACGUAGGCAGCUAGAGCAGAAGGAGAUAGUUGGCAUGGUCCCGAUCCUCCCCGAGAGCGUUGUCGAGCCUGGUCGCUGGCGUACUUUAUUCGAGGGGAGGUGGAAGAGGGACGAGGCCAUCCAUAUGAAGGAGGGGCGGGUGAUUCUGAUGGCGCUCCGCAGGGAGUCGUACACUCGUUCAGCCUUCCUGGAGCUCUACUCCGGCUGUGGGGCUCUGACUUCUGGGAUGGCCGAGGCGGGCCACAGGGUGUCCGUGCCGUUCGAUAUCGCCGAGGGUCCGGAGUUCAAUCUCGAGAAGCGGGGGGUCCAGGACGUCGUGAUCAGGUGGCUCAACGAGGGCCGCAUCUGGUACUUACAUCUUGGGACGCCGUGUACCCCGUGGAGUAUUGCGAGGAAGUCUCGGCCUACGAAAUCAUCGGUGAGGGUGUCUCGGGAGCGCGUUCGGUUCACUGCAAAGUUGAUCAAGCUCUGCACGGAUCUGAAGAUAUACUUCUCCCUCGAGAACCCCAAGACCUCAUCACUGUUUAGGGAACCUGAGAUCCAGUGGGCCCUGGAAUAUGCGGACGCGUUCUUUGUCGAGUAUGCCCGGCUGUCGGAUGCCUGGCAAGAGGAGCUGCGUCAAGACGCUGGGGCCGGUCUCCAACGGCCGCGGCUCGAGCUCGGCCACCUCCCGCGUCGCUGGACCUCGCCCUGGGCCGGGGCGACAGGCGACAGGCGCCUGGGGCACGGGCCCAACUUGCCGCUGCGCGUGCUCAACGUCUCGGAGCGGAAGGCCUACACGGACGCCAACAACAAGUUCGUCGCCUUCGCCCGCCGCAGUGGGCUGCCGUUGGACACCGCUGAUCACGUUGAUGAGGCGCUGGAAAGGUUCAUGGAGCUGCCGUUCCUGAGCGGGGGGCCGCAGUCAGUAGCCCGCUCCGCCCUGCAUGGCUUCGCGUGGCGCCAUCCUGAGAUGCCUCACAAAGAUCGGAGGCUCUACAUCAGGAGCCGCGCCGCGCUCGCUGGAUGGCGGAACCUUGAGCCGGGCGGGACGCGCGAUCCAGCCCCUCUCGAGAUCGCGUGGUGGAUCGCUGACGACAUGCUCCAGCGUGGCCUGGCGCUUGCCGCCUUUUUAGUCGUCCUGUGCUUUGACUGUUAUCUGCGGCCUGGCGUGGGAUGCACACUGCGCCGCUCUAACGUCAUGCCACCGGCUGCUGCAGUUCACGAGUGUUAUGAUCGCUGGUGCCUCCGACUGUCCCCAGCCGAAUCAGGCCAACCCUCGAAGACCGGCGCCUACGAUGACAGCAUCGUGGUCGGCGAGGUGUCUGGGCGGGAAUGGAUCGCUCGAGCCUUUGCGAUCAUUUUCCCUCACAUCCAGUGUGAUCAUUUCAUCUUCCCCUUCGGGCUUCGAGAGUUCGAGAAAUGUUUCAAGGUCGAGGGCGUCGACGACUCCGACGAUAAGGACGACGACGACGAGAGCGACGACGAGGAGGGCACCGAGGGCGAGAACGAAGGCGAGGACGACGACGACGAGAACGACGACGAGGAGGGCACCGAGGGCCAGAACGAAGGAGACCUCCUGGAACUCAGCGUGGACCCCUGCUGCACGGUCGCGGGUGUCAAGCAGGCGGUGGCCGCCAAGUGGCGCGUGCCGCCCGCCUGCCAGCAGCUCCUGGCCGCGGGCGCCGUGCUCCCGGACGCCCAGGAGGUCGGCGCCUGCCCCGGCGGCUCGGCCGCCGCGCGGACGCCGCUCGCGCUGAGCCUGGUCGUGUCCUUGGACGCGCCGCGCCGGGACCUGGAGCUCGGCACGAAGCCCGAGCGGCUGGGCGCGCUGCGGUGCCUCGGGCGCCUGGGGCGGCGGGGAGGUCCGGCCGCCGCGGCGGCGGCCUGCGCGUGCCUCGCCGACGCCGACCCGGAGGUGCGGCGCGCGGCGGCCCGG